CUGCCAGCUGCAGGAUUUGAACCAGCAACCUUCCAGCCACAGGCACAGAUCCUUAGCCAUGGAGCCAGCGCUCCGUGAGGAAUGCUGUAUAAUUAGUUAAUUCACACUAAAUAAAAAGGUUGUAACAUCAAUUUAUGAAAACUGGAAUACAUCCCAAGUCUGUCAUUCUCUGGUUAUAAAUGUAAAAAGGAAAUAGUUGUAAUUAGUAACACCUAUUAACACCACAUUGUCAGUCACAUUUUCAUUGACAUCUAUCCAUUAUCAGAUUGUCCUGGUAAGCAGUGUAGAAAGCUGGAGCCUAUUGUGGGAUUGUUGAUGUUAAAAACGGGAGAACAACAUCGAUAUUAAAAACAACAAAAAAAGUAUAGUAUUUCAGUGGCUUUGACUUGAUUAAUGCUUGUAGAAAGUUAAUUUAUGAUCAUAGUUAAAAGCGCUAAAUGCAUGGUAGUGUGUCUAGCGGUAAAGACAGAUCACGGGUGAGGGAGUAAAAGUUAAGAUGUUUUUCUGUUUUGGGUUUUAUUAUUUUUUAUUCCCCAUUUUUUCUGCUGGAAAAGUAAGAAUUUAAGCAGACAAGUGAAAUACCAUUGCAUUUACAUUUUUUGUAACCUAAAUGUAAUUAUUCAUAAUCUUAAAAUGCCGCAGAAGGAAAACAAACCUGCUCUUUAUGGUAUAAAGUAGUUCACAUUUUAAAGCAGUUUUAGUUUAUAUACUGUAAAAGUGUACAUUAUACUGAUAGUCAUGUUGAACAUCUAUCUACAAUAUUAAUCCUAUAAACAUACCUUCAGUACCUGAAAUACCUUUUUUUUAAUCUGUAGUAAAGAUACAUUAUAUCGUUGCACUUUACCUUGGAAUAACCCUAGGUUUAACAAGCAAAUUACCUAAGUUAUGAGUUCUAGAAAAGCAUGAAGACAUUAUUUUAUUAAAAUACUUUUUAUCAUGUGUACUGUAACAAAAAAUAAAGACCAAAACAAGGAAAUUUAGAAGAUUGAUGUCUGUGUAACUUCCAGCACUUCUUGAAGCGGUAAAAGUUAGGCUAAGCUUUAAUUACAAUUUUGGUUAACACUAUUUUCUCUUUCAUAGUCCAAUCACUGGUAACAGACAUCUAACAUUAUGUUGAGGGGGCUGUUUAGCAAAAGAUAAUUGAUUUUUGUAAGAUCAAGGGCAUGGGUGUGAAACUGAGGCCCUGUCCCUUCUGGCUUGCAUUUCACCUGAGUUAAUCAUUCGUGAAGGGAUUGAACUGUUUGAUUAGUUGGCCGAGUUUGGUAAACUGGUCAAUGUGAACUAAAGCCCAGCUAGCCAUAAUGUAAUUGUUUUUCAUGUACGUAGUAUUUAACAAAUUUUAGUUUGCAAUUACUUCUAAUCAUGUAGGACUGAGACGUGUAAUAUGUUUUUGUUUAUAGACCUGUAUUUGAAGAGUAGAGUUUUAUUCAUUCCAAAAUAAAGCAAGAGAUUAGAUCUCAUGCCGGUGAUGGAGGGAGAGCAGAGACAGACUGAGAAAGGAGAAAUGUACUAAAUUUGUAUUAAAUUGUUUUAUAAUAAGUAUAUGAUGACAGAAAAAGAAAACGCUUUACUUGAACCCAACAAGUAAUUUAAUCAAUUAGCCUUCUUCAGACAACAAUUGUGAAGCAAAUCUGUGUGGAAAUCAUCUUCAUCAAGAAGAACUGAGAUUUAUGGCAUACAUUGGUGUAAAUAUGUUAAUGAUUUUUUUAGCUCUAAUUUAAGCUAUAAUCUAAGUAGUGAUCUUGAUGUUAGUAGUAGACGAAAUAUGAACACUAUUACUUUCCAGUAAUUAAUUACAGUACUGUACGUUUACAGUACUGUACGUAUACAAUAUGUAGGCUGUUGUAGAGUUGCUAUAUUAGUACUGUCACUGCUUCAACUUCUUUUAUCAUGUACUGUAGAACUUGCUAUGCAUCAGAUUGCUUAUCUGGGAUGACCAGACACAAAUGUUUCACCCCAAGUGUCACAAAUAACACCAUCAGGUAAUGAUAGAAUCAGUACAUUUGUCUGUCCAGACCUACAUUCUGGCUAAAUUAGCCCCUGAGUUUAUUCAAUCUAGCCUUCCUAAAAUUACACUUUAAACCAACCCGUGAAGCAAUCUCCUUAUCACUUCUCUGCCUGCUCUGUUGUAUAAAAGGGUUGCUAGUGUACAAUUGCUGCUGUGUGUCACCCAGGUACUGUAGGUACUGUACUUCAGUGGUGGAUGACUUCCUACACAUCAAAUGCAAUGAGGUUCUUUGAGACGAAAAGCAAAGUAAAAUGGAAUAAAUUAUUAUUAAUUAUUAACUUGAAAAUGUAAGAAGCAUUUUGCUUUCACUAGUAUCUACACAUUUUUGUGAAAGCUAGUGAAAUUUAUUAGUGAAAGUACAUUUGCUGUUCUGGGGGAUAAUUAUGCCCUCUGGUUUCCUAAGAAAACAGUUGCUAAUAAAAAAUUAGUGUUUCUGUGUGUAAAAAAUCGCCUUCCGUAAGGACAAAAAACAGCAACGUUUUCUUUAAUUACAGAAGAAACGACAUAAUGUUGCACAAGGAAUUUAUCAAGCGAUUAUGAUGAGAAUUCAGUGAACUGUUUCACCUGUUGUCCAAGUAUUAUUUAAAGGAAACACACCUGGUAUCUUUAUUUACAAUAAUACAAGAUAAGCAUUUAUUUUUGGCUUAUAGCAUGUGGUUGGUUUCUGAGACUAUAUAAAUUGCUAAUGUUUCCUUGCAACUUUUGGAAUUAUUCCCAUGGAACAGGCCAGAAUGAGGCUGUUUGUGUUUGUGCUGACUCUUGGGCUGUGCCUUGCUCAAUACCAUCCCAAUACAAAGCCAGGUAGAACGUCCAUCGUUCAUUUAUUUGAAUGGCGCUGGGCUGACAUAGCCGCGGAAUGUGAGCGAUUUUUAGCACCAAAUGGAUUUGGUGGGGUUCAGAUCUCUCCUCCUAGUGAGAGCAUCACUCUUCAGAAUCCCUGGAGACCCUGGUGGGAAAGAUAUCAGCCAAUCAGCUAUAACUUGUGCUCGAGAUCUGGAACUGAACAGGAGUUGAGAGAUAUGGUGACCAGAUGUAACAAUGUUGGGGUUCACAUCUAUGUAGAUGUUGUCAUCAAUCACAUGUGUGGAGCAGGAGGAGGAGAGGGCACACAUUCUUCAUGUGGAACAUACUUCAACGCCAACACUAAAGAUUUCCCAUCUGUGCCUUACUCUGCCUGGGAUUUUAAUGAUGGCAAAUGUAGAACUGGCAGUGGAGACAUUGAAAAUUACAAUGAAAUAUUCCAGGUGCGUGACUGCCGUUUGGUGAGCCUUCUUGACCUUGCUCUUGAAAAGGACUAUGUCAGAGGAAGAAUUGCAGAAUACAUGAAUUCACUGAUCGACAUUGGAGUUGCAGGAUUCAGAGUGGAUGCUUGUAAACACAUGUGGCCUGGAGAUUUGCAAGUUAUCUUUGGCAAACUGAAGAAUCUUAACAAUAAAUGGUUCGCCAGUGGUACAAGACCUUUUAUAUAUCAAGAGGUUAUUGAUCUUGGAGGGGAGCCCAUUAAAGCAAGUGAAUACUUUGGUUUGGGACGUGUUACAGAGUUCGCCUACAGCGCAAAACUAGGCAAAGUCAUUCGCAAAUGGGGAGGUGAAAAAAUGGCUUAUUUAAGGAAUUGGGGUGCAGGCUGGGGAUUCAUGCCCUCUGACAAAGCUCUUGUGUUUGUGGACAAUCAUGACAACCAGAGAGGCCAUGGAGCCGGAGGAGCCUCAAUUCUCACCUUCUGGGAACCCAGACUGUACAAAAUGGCCAUGGGUUUCAUGCUGGCACAUCCAUAUGGAGUGACACGAGUGAUGUCAAGUUUCCGCUGGGAUCGUCAUAUAGUGAAUGGAAAGGAUCAGAAUGACUGGAUGGGACCACCAAGUUACAGUGAUGGAACCACUAAGCCUGUUCCCAUUAAUCCAGACAGCACCUGUGGAGAUGGCUGGGUGUGUGAACAUAGAUGGCGCCAAAUCAAAAACAUGGUUAUUUUCCGUAAUGUUGUGGAGGGCCAACCGUUUUCUAACUGGUGGGAUAAUGGGAGCAACCAAGUAGCUUUUGGUCGUGGUAACCAAGGAUUUAUUGUCUUCAACAAUGAUGAUUGGAGCAUGGAUGUUACACUGAACACAGGCCUACCUGCUGGGACCUACUGUGAUGUCAUCUCUGGGCAAAAGGAAGGGGGGCAUUGCACUGGGAAGGAAAUCACUAUCAGGGUAGAUGGAAAAGGUCGCUUCCAAAUUAACAGCACAGCUGAAGACCCAUUUAUUGCCAUCCAUGCUGGUUCUAAAUUGUAAGUUAAAUGCUAAACAAUUAAAAUUGUAAUUGAA